CUAACCAAGAAGGAAAAUAUUUGGUGGUGUAUAACCAUAAGUGAAGUGAAAGAAGUGGAGGAAAACUUAUUGUUAAAAUGUCUGCUGGAAGUAAUAUACCUUGGAAUACCAAACCGAAGAAUGGGCUGACAACAUUCUUCACUGAAGAAACAUUCAACAAAUGGCUUUGUCCGGAUACACAUGAAUCUAGACUUGAAGAAAGGUUAACUAAACUAGGUAUCAUCCCACCCCCAAGACUGACUGGCCCAAUCCUCUUACAUCACCAGACAUCUGCAAAUGAUCCCAGAGACAGAGAAACAAUUAAAUGUAAAAUUGAACCCUGCAAUGUUAAACCCAAAAAGUCUGCUGCAGUCACAGGUUCAGAUGACCAUAAUGCAAGUCUGAGGACAGAGGCAGAGAUAAAAUCUGAAGUACAAACAUAUAGUUCACUGUCAGAAUUUUCCAGUUCACAAGCAUUCAAAUAUUCUAAUAAACCAAGUAAACACAUAGAAGCGAUAGCAACAGCAAGUCUUGAUACUGGUAAAAAUGAAAGUAACAUCAUUGUGCAAUCUGGUACAGACAUCACUAAAGUAAAGGAGGAUCUUGAACACAAGAAUGAUAAUAUAGGUGAUACUGAAGUAUCUGUAGAACAGAUAAAAGAGACGCAAAAUGCUAUAUCACCGGGGGAACACUUUGGAGAGGAAAGUGAAAGAAUCAUUGACACAGUUGCUGACAAUGUAAGACCAUUCUCAUUCUACAAGGAAGGAACUGAAGAGGAUUACAAAGCAGAAGAAUCGGAUGAAGAUGAUGGUACAGAAGCAGCAACUAGUAAUUAUACAGAAACUGCAAGCAGUAGUUUACAAACAGAUGUGGCAACAGAAAAGGAGGAUGUAGAAGUAGAGUUGUCUGAAGAACAGCUGAAGGAAUUAGAAGCACAGAGAGAAGAGGAAGCAAGGAAAGUGCAGGCAGAUUUGAUGAGGAAUGAUAAGAUGUUCUUUAACUUGAAGGAUAGACAAGCUACAAAGUAUUUCCCUGUAGUGUACAAAAGGAAACCAAGAGAUAGAAGAUCUCAACUGACCUGUCAGGAACAAAAGCUUUACAAUGACCUUGCCCGUAGCUAUGGUAAAAUGAGUGAUAACUCAAAAGAAAUACUCGAUGACAAGUUCAAAAAGUACAUUGCCAUGAAAGUCAUUGUGAACAAGGAACAAGAAUUAUUCCAGAAGUAUCUGAGAAGUGUCUCAUUUUCCUGUAAGAAAGACUACGCUUACAUACAUCCAGAGGUGGAGAAAUAUGCUACAACCAGGCACAUGGUGAAGAAACAAGACUGCUUUAAGUACCCACGAUUUUACAGUUUAGUGGACUGUAGGGUCAUUCUCACAGAUGAUCUGCCGAACCCUCCGCCAACUUUACAAUAUGUCAGACCAUUGCUAGAACUGGGCACAGUGAGUAAACUGGUGUUACCCAACAUUGUUCAUGGGAUGCCACAACCUUGUGUUACAACAAAUUUCAACAAAAUCAACGAAAUCAGUCCGAUAUUGAAAACUGUUUAUAAAGGAACAAGUGUACCUGUAUGGAACAAAGUGAUGUGCAGUCAGGACGCAAACGCAGAACAAUUAGCUGUACCAAACAAGUGUGAUGUAGUUAUGUCAUCAUCUGCUAUCAGACGUCUAAUUGAUAACCAAGGAAAGAUAUUCAAAUAUUGGGACAUGCCAUUUACUGUGAGGGAGUACAACAUCAAGGAAGGUGAGAAAACAAUCAUUCAUAAAGUUGUGUAUAUAGACAAGCCAUUUAUCCGCCAGUCACAGUUUGUUCCAAAAGAUCAUAUACAACUGUAUCAGAAGCAUGCAAUCAGGGCAUUGGCCAUCAGAACUAAUGUACGAGGGCGCGUAUUCUGCGGAAUAAAGCCAGUUCAUGAACUGGUAAAAUUACCAACUCUAGAUGAAGUGGAACGUGAAAUAAACCUUCAUGAGGAAAAGAUAAAGGAAACUGUUAACAAAGAUGAUGAUUAUUUCCAGGAUGCAGGUGAAAACUUAGGACAUGCAGAUACCAAGAAAAGAAAAAGAAAGCAUGGUCAAGGUGGAAUGUUUGACCUUGAAAAAGACAUUGAUGACCUUGAGACUUUCGGAAUGGAUUCAUUUAUGGGUGAAAGGUCAAAGGUGAAUGUUGAUGGAAAUAAAAAUUUGCCAGACGGAAAAAUAAACAUGUGUACCAAGGAGAUUGAGGUGUGCAAUAAACAUGCUAAAAAAGGCAGAAAAUCUGCAGAUGAUGACCUGGAAUUUUUGAAGAAUGAAUUGAUGGGAAUCAAAACCCAGGCAAUAAAAGAAAGUGCUAAGCAUUUAGAAAUGUACAAAGAUUCUCAUAGUAAAGGAGACAAAAUUGACACAGAACAUUUUGAAAUGCAACAGACUAGUAAAGAUUGUGGGGAUGACAUGAAAAUUCAUGAGUCGACAGUGGGACAGACUGAUGUUGAUCAUUGUGCACCAAAUCAAGAUAAUGGUGAAAAUACUGAUUUAAAACAUGAUGAAGGUGAAAUGACUACAGUAAUGGAGGAUUGUGAUAGACAAAAGGAAUCUGAACAAACAGGGGACAAUGUUUCAAAGAAAGAAGGUAAAAUACCAAGAAAAACAAAGAAAGAUAUUUUAACUGUUAUGAAUAUGAGUUCAUUUUCAACACGAUUAAAGCAAAUGUCAACAAUCAAAUCAAAACUGAUGCAUAUGAGUAAAGGUACAGAUGACGCUGAUAAUGUGGUAAUGAGUAGAACAAGAAGUAGGUCGAAAUCUCUCGAAACAAUUGAAACCUCCUUAAAUAUUGGCUCGAAAACUGUCAAUAGCAGUCCUGAUAAUGACAAUGAAAUAAUUAAAACUCAACAAAAACUGUCAGAAAAUGCUUUUGAUAGUGACAGUGAAGGUGAAGGACUUGUAAUUGAUGUCCCAUCGGAAUUACCACAGGCUCAGCAAUCUAGGAUAAAAGACAUGCCUAAAUCUCCUGAAAUGCCAAAUUUAGAAAGAAUAUCGGACAUUCCCAUGAGGGAAGAGAACCAACCAGUGUCAUCAGAAAGUGAAUUUGGAUCACCACAUUUAGUUAUAGCAAUUGAUGAUGUAGAAGAGGCUGAAGACAAGACUAAGGGUAAAAAGAGGAGAAGUACUGAUGACUUUGCCGAUAAUGUCACGGUAUCUAAAAGAAUUUUGAGGUCUUCAUUAAGCCAGGAAUCAUCUAAUUCUUCUAAAGCUGGGAACCAGUCAUUAGAAAGUGGGAAAGAUGAACCAAAAAGAAAAGGCAUGGAUGAGGUUUUAAAUGCUAGACCAUCACUAUUAAGGAGAGGCAAGAAACUGGAAAACCAAUCUGUCAGUACCAGAAGUAGGUCAGCAUCGGCAGAGAAUGUUGUUAUAGAGCCAGAAACCAACCCUAUCAAUAACAGGAGACGGUUAACCAGACGAAGUACAGCAACCUGUACAAAAGAAGAAUCAGUCACACAAGCUGUUCCUGUGAAGAAAGGUAGGGGGAGGCCAAGAAAAAAUGCAACUGUUAGUGGAAUUAAUGGUGUAAAAGAUGAGGUAACUAAAGUGCCUGAAGAUGAGCCUGAAAAGAAUUUAACUAUUGGUGAAGAAAAGGAUAAUGUUAUUAACAGUGAACUGGUAAAUAUUACAGAAGGUAUUGAUUCUGAUAAUGAGGAGGAUAUUUCACCUACCAGGAACAAAACAGUGAGAAGAAUAGACAGUGAUGAUGAAUCUAGCAAUAGCUCUAGAGAAAAACAUGAAAAUACUGGACAUAACAAACAAGGUUCUAGCUCCAAAAAGACUGAAUCAAAAAAAGAAUUGACUAAUUUGGAAGCAAGAAAAAUCAAAGAGAUGGCUGCAGCUAUGAAGAAAAAGAUUAGUGAAGCAAAAAAUAAGAAAGAAAAUGAAAAGACAUUGAAAAAGGAAGAGGGUGAAGAAAAUAAAAAAGAUGAAGAUGAAAGAGAAGGGAAACUUGAACCAAAUGAAGCAGGGACUAUUGUUAAAGAUUUGAAAGCAGACAGUAAAGACAAAGAACCUUUAAAGCAAGAAUGCAGUACAUCAUCAAUACUUGAUAAAGGAUUAGACAAUAUAUUGAAGCUUCAAGAUAAGAGUCAUGGUACAAACACUGUCAGAGGUUCAGCUGUAGAUGUAUUUAAACAGAAGCAUGGGCUAUCAUGUUGUAAGUUCCCAGUGGAAGGUAAUGUCACAUAUCACCAGUGGAAGUUAGGUGAAACUAAUCUUCUCAUACGCUGUAAAUAUCAUGGCUACAUUUCAGGACAGGGUUUAGUUCACAUAGCACCAAAGAUAGAAUAUCAACCAAACUUUGGUUUCGAGCAGGAUACAGUCAGUGAUAUUUGCAAAAACUGGAUUUCUAUUUACGUUCGGCCAAACUCAACAUUAUUGAAGCCUCGUAUAAAUCCAUAUAACUCUGAAAUAAUGAUGUUUGAAAACAUAGCGUACAACGAUCUCAUCCCACCAGAUUCUUUAUUCAAGCCAGAACAAGCUUUCACAGAUCUUCAAGUUAUUUUGGAAAAGUUAAAGAGUUUACCUGUAGGGCAGUACCUUCUGAAAAACAACCCUAGAAAAGAUCAGUUUACUGUCCUGAAGGCUACAGACCAUGGUGAAAGGGGCAGUUUUGACUUGCACUUCAACAACUCUAGCAUUAUGAAGUGUACCGCGCCUUCUCCAUUACAAUGGACACCAAUAAAUCCAAACUUAAUGUUACCACAUCAAAGAAAAAUGAACUUCAUCCCAUGCACUUUCUUACCUAAAGAUGCCCAAGCUAGCGAGAAGAAACCUAGGCCAGCACAAUUAAAGAAGAAAAAGAAGAAAAGAAACAAUGACAAUUGAUAGAAUUAACAAGUCUUCUCAGAAUGUCAUCAGAAUUUUAUAAAUUACAGACAAAUAAACUGAAUGAUAGAUACUAAAAAGAUGGACAAUUUUUUUUUUGAAUUUAAUUGAAAAAAAAAGAGCUGCUCCACAGUGUUGAGGGUUACAAAUAAAUUGUUCUUGAGCAAAGUUUGAAGUUGAGUGUUUAUUUUGACAGCUAAAAAUAUUAAAUAAAAAAAAU